UGCAGUGUAUGUCAAGCUACGAGGCUCUUAAAGUACCUUUUAAAAAACGAUAACGGCACACGUGACAUCGCGAAAUGUGGGACGCGCCUCAAAGUGACAGGUGACUUCAAGAAGUGAGGUCGCUGAUCAGGUUCAAAUUCUAGAUUAAGAGACAGUUACACAAUCCAACUCCUUCGAAAUGUCAUACUAUGAUAUUGACUCUAUCUUAACAGAUGCCCAGAAAUUGCCUUGCACAUUCGAACUCGAGGUGCCAGGGCUUGGAAUUCUAGAAGGCAAUCCGGGCGACAAUAUCAAAGCUGGUACUCGCAUCGACCUCCCAUUAUGGCUGGGUGAAAUGCUCUCUAUCGGAGCUCGACUGGGCACUUCUCGUCUAGUCACACUAGAUAUCCCUUCAGCAUUGUCAGAACGGGUCAUGAACGCCUUAAAAGCAGACCCUCGGACUGUUGAUCUGCGGGCAUUAGCGCCGCAUUUCUACAGUCUGAGCGAGCGAGUUUUGGAGCUUUUUGAGGAGGAAGAGAUGGUCGAUGUUCUUAUUAAUACAUUCAAGAAGCGCGCCUCAGAGAUUGCUGACCAUGCCCACAACCCAAAGGGAGCUCUUGGUGACGGCGUUGAGUUUCUGCGGGGGUUAGAUGAAACGGAGAGGCAGUUGUUCCGUGUGGCCCAUGAUAGUGCCAAGGAGACACGGAUAUGGGCUGGGGAGGCUAAGAAGAGGUAGUUCGAGGGGGGAAAGUAUCACCGUCCAAAUUUAACAGAUUGAGCUGUGCUCGUCAUAUGAGCUAUGUUUAUUGUUUUGCCCGGGACGCUAGUCAUGUGCUUAGGGCUUGCUGUGUUGGUGGAGUUAUAUGGAAUUGGCACUCGCAUAGAAAGGAGCUUGCGAGCUAUUUUUGCUUUCAAGUAGACUUAAAUUUAACAAGCUUCAUGGUGUUUUA